AAGCAGAUCAUGGAGGAGGCCGUCACACGGAAGUUCGUCCACGAGGACAGCAGCCACAUCAUUUCCUUCUGUGCGGCCGUGGAGGCCUGUGUCCUGCAUGGACUGCGGCGGCGGGCGGCCGGCUUCCUGCGCAGCAACAAGAUCGCGGCUCUCUUCAUGAAGGUGGGCAAGAGCUUCCCACCAGCUGACGAGCUGAGCCGCAAGGUCCAGGACCUGGAGCAGCUGAUCGAGAAUGCGCGAAACCAGAUGCAGGGCCUCCAGGAGAAUGUGCGGAAGCUGCCGAAGCUGCCCAACCUGUCCCCGCUUGCCAUCAAGCACCUGUGGAUCCGCACGGCCUUGUUUGAGAAGGUCCUGGACAAAAUCGUGCAUUACCUUGUGGAAAACAGCAGUAAAUACUACGAAAAGGAAGCGCUCCUGAUGGACCCUGUAGAUGGCCCCAUCCUUGCGUCUUUGUUGGUGGGGCCCUGUGCGCUCGAAUACACCAAGAUGAAGACUGCGGAUCACUUCUGGACCGACCCCUCUGCCGACGAGCUCGUCCAGAGGCACCGCAUCCACAGUUCGCAUCUGCGACAGGACUCGCCCACCAAGCGCCCAGCCCUCUGCAUCCAGAAGAGGCAUUCGAGUGGCAGCAUGGAUGACCGCCCAUCCCUCUCCGCCCGAGACUAUGUGGAGUCCCUGCACCAGAACUCCCGGGCCACCCUGCUCUACGGCAAAAACAACGUUCUCGUUCAGCCGAGAGAUGACAUGGAAGCUGUCCCGGGGUACUUGUCCCUGCACCAGACGGCUGACAUCAUGACCUUGAAGUGGACGCCCAACCAGCUAAUGAAUGGGUCUGUGGGAGACCUGGACUAUGAGAAGAGUGUCUACUGGGACUAUGCCAUGACCAUCCGCCUGGAGGAGAUUGUCUACCUGCACUGCCAUCAGCAAGUGGACAGCGGCGGGACGGUGGUGCUGGUCAGCCAGGACGGGAUCCAGAGGCCGCCCUUCCACUUCCCCAAGGGAGGGCACCUCCUGCAGUUCCUCUCGUGCCUGGAGAACGGGCUGCUCCCACACGGGCAGCUGGACCCCCCGCUCUGGUCUCAGCGGGGGAAGGGCAAAGUAUUUCCCAAACUGCGCAAGCGAAGCCCCCAGGGUUCCGCCGAGUCCACGUCCUCAGACAAAGAAGACGACGAAGCCACGGACUACGUCUUCAGGAUUGUCUACCCCCGCCUGCAGUCCGAGUUCGUUGUUCCCGACCCCUUGGGCGGCACGUCCCCCGUCUCCGUGGGCCCUGCCUGGACGGUGGUUCCUGCAGGCCGCUCUGUGCUGGUGGUGGCCAGGGGCAGUCACUGGGCACAAGCCAGAUGGGAUGCCACCCUCCCCACGCCCGGCUCGAAGCAGCAGCCCCCCAUGCCCCAGGACCUGAUGGAUGUCUCCAUGAGCAACCUGCCGUCCCUGUGGCAACCCAGUACCCACAAACCUUCUUGCUCAUCCUGUUUGCAGAGUGACUCGGUUGAUGGUGGCUCAACCAAUGGCUGCAAACAUGAGAGGGCUCCCCUGAAGCUUCUCUGUGACAAUAUGAAGUACCAGAUCCUUUCCAGAGCCUUCUAUGGAUGGCUUGCCUACUGCAGACACCUGUCCACCGUGAGGACCCACCUGUCAGCCCUGGUCAAUCACAUGAUUGUGUCUCCAGACGUGCCCUGCGAUGCUGGACAUGGGCUGACGGCCGGGAUCUGGGAGCAGUACCUUCAGGACAGCACAAGCUAUGAGGAGCAGGAGCUGCUGCGCCUCAUCUACUACGGGGGCAUCCAGCCUGAGAUCCGCAAGGCCGUGUGGCCCUUCCUGCUGGGCCACUACCAGUUCGGGAUGACAGAAACCGAAAGGAAGGAGGUGGACGAGCAGAUUCAUGCUUGCUACGCACAGACCAUGUCCGAAUGGCUGGGCUGUGAGGCAAUCGUGCGGCAGAGAGAGCGGGAGUCCCACGCAGCUGCCCUGGCCAAGUGCUCCUCAGGGGCCAGCCUGGAUGGUCACCUGCACCGGAUGAUGCACCGGGACUCCACCAUCAGCAAUGAGUCUUCCCAGAGCUGCAGUUCUGGCCACCAGAACAUCCGCCUGCAGAGCGACUCCAGCAGCAGCACACAGGUGUUCGAGUCUGUGGACGAAGUGGAGCAGGUGGAGGCGGAAGGCAGGCUGGAGGAGAAACAGCCCAAGAUCCCCAACGGGAACCUGGCGAAUGGCCCGUGUUCCCCUGAUUCCGGCCAUCCUUCCUCCCACAACUUCUCCUCCGGCCUCUCGGAGCACUCGGAGCCCAGCCUGAGCACGGAGGACAGUGUCAUGGACGCCCAGCGCAGCGCCUCCCUGAGGCUCCGACCCGGCGACAGCAGCGUGGAUGAAGGGCAGAGCAGCGAGGCCACCACCUCCAGGGACGAGGCUCCCCGGGAGGAGCUGGCCGUGCAGGACAGCCUGGAGAGUGACCUCCUCGCCAACGAGAGCCUGGACGAGUUCAUGUCCAUCCCGGGCAGCAUGGACGUGGCUCUGCCCGAGAAGGAGGCGGCCCCGCUGGAGGGCUGGGGGCGCAGCGAGGGGGAGAAGUGUAGCCGGGGGGACAGUGAGGACAACCUCUCAGAGGAGCCGGAGAUGGAGAGUCUCUUCCCUGCCUUGGUGUCUCUGGCCGUGAGCACUUCUGCCAACAAUGAGGCGUCCCCUGUGUCAUCCAGUGGCGUCACCUACUCCCCGGAGCUGCUGGACCUGUACACAGUGAACCUGCACCGCAUCGAGAAGGACGUGCAGAGGUGUGACCGCAACUACUGGUACUUCACGCCCGCCAACCUGGAGAAGCUGCGCAACAUCAUGUGCAGCUACAUCUGGCAGCACAUUGAGAUCGGCUAUGUCCAGGGCAUGUGUGACCUCCUGGCCCCACUGCUGGUCAUUCUGGACGAUGAGGCCCUCGCCUUCAGCUGCUUCACGGAGCUCAUGAAGAGAAUGAACCAGAACUUCCCCCAUGGAGGCGCCAUGGACACACACUUUGCCAACAUGAGGUCACUAAUCCAGAUCCUGGACUCGGAGCUCUUUGAGCUGAUGCAUCAGAAUGGGGACUACACUCACUUCUACUUCUGCUACCGCUGGUUCCUGCUGGAUUUCAAGCGAGAGCUCGUCUAUGAUGACGUCUUCUCCGUCUGGGAGACCAUCUGGGCAGCCAAACACGUCUCGUCCACCCACUACGUCCUGUUCAUCGCGCUGGCUCUCGUGGAGGUCUACCGCGACAUCAUCUUGGAGAACAACAUGGAUUUCACAGACAUCAUCAAAUUCUUUAACGAAAUGGCCGAGCGACACAACACCAAGCAGAUCCUGAAGCUGGCCCGGGACCUCGUGUACAAGGUGCAGACUCUGAUCGAGAACAAGUGAGGGCCGCCUCACCCAGGCAGCCAGCCGAGCCGCCACCCGCCUGUCCUGCCCACUUUCCUCCCGGCCGCCCGGGAGCGGGGCCCCGGUGUCUGUGUGAGCAUGGACUUCUGAGCAAAGAGAAACUGCCCGACUCUGGCAGUGGGGUCGAGGGGUUGCCCCUUGCGUUCAGCCUUACGUUUUCCUGUUUGACCAAAGAUCGCCCGUGCCUGGGAUUUCUCCUCUGCGGGAGUUGGCGGUGGAUGGAGGGAACAUCUUUGUUCGAGGCCUCCGGACGGUCUCCUCUCUCUUCUUCCCUCCCCCAUCCCUCCAGACUGUCUUGUCGGAUGAGACUUGGGGAGGGUCUUGUUUUGGAAAUGGGUGUAGGAGAGUCUGUGGGGCUCCCUCUGCACUCUGAAAGGGGCCUUUGGAGAUGUGGCAGACAGGCUGGGAGAUGCUUGGCGCAGGGUUUCUGCACUGGGCACUGUUGACAUUUGGGGUCAUUCUUUUUGGGGGUGGCGUCCUGUGCAUUGUAGGAUGUCGAGCAGCUCGCUGGCCUCUACCCGUCAGAUGCCAGCAGUACCCUCCUCCCCACCCCGGUUGUGACUACCCAGAAUGUCCCCAGAUAUUGCCAAAUGCCCCCAUUUGAGACCCACUGGCUUAGAGGAGAGGCUACCAAUGUCUCUCCCACCCCGCUGCCUGUCUCCCUAAGCCGCCUGCGUCCUGGGGCUCCCUCCCAUUUAGACAAGGCACACGGGAGGCCUGCACUCCCCUCCCCUUGACGUCUGGGGUCCCAUGUGUUGUAUUCUCUCAUCUCCCUCCUCUACGUGACUCUGGGAGAGAUGUCUUCUCAAGAAGGGCGUCUUCCUGCAGGGCAGUGGGAUCCGAGACGUGUCUGCAGGCUCGCGACAGUCCCAGGCUCUUCUGAGUUUCGCCCUCGAGCCCCCCGGGCAGGGCAGAGUCCUGUCCCCUUCCCCUCCCCCUAGGAAAGACUUUGCCUCUCCGCCCGCACAUUGGGCCUGGUGCUCCGGCAGCUUGGCGCGUGUGUGGGUGCAGCCGCGUGGCCGGGGAGGCCAGCUUUGCCCCAAGUGCCCUUGCUCACUCAGGACGAAGGAAGAGGAAGACGGAGGUCAGCCAGGGUAGGUGCGUGUGCUCUCCAUGGCGGCUCGGUCUGGAAACGGUCCCCGCCGUGUCUUUUCCCAAAGGGUCGCCAGUCCACCAACAGAUCCUGGGCUAGGUGGUUCAGCUGCCCCCCUGUCCUCCAGGAAAGCAGUCCUGCCAACUGGGCUCUGAGAGUGCACCAGGAUUGGGGACACAGAGAGUGGCAGGUAGGGUUUGGGAGACGGGAGGAGACACAUCAAGCACAUUGAAGCAUUCGCACAGGGGAUGCGUGAGUCCUCCCGCCGUGAGCAAACCAGGACCGGAGAAGUCCCUGUCCUGCGUGCUGGGGAAGGCUCCUCCCUCGGUCACAGCUCCUUCAGCUGCAUCUGGACCCCCACCUUCCCCGUGCAGGGCCUUUGGGGCAGGAUGGACAAGGCCCAGGUGGCCCUUGCUUCCCAGGAGCAUACAUCUCCUCGCCCUGAUCCCCCAGCUUCCCAAGAUGGGAAAAAAAAUGUGUGAAAAGCCCGUCCAGAGAAAAGUGCGUUCUGCUGCAUAGCUGCUCAUCACAGGGGACGCUGUGUUUGCAAGACCCAGGUCCCAGGCCCUCUGAUCCUUAUUUAUUUUAUGACAGACUAGUCACACAGCACAGCACAAGAUUUCCUCUCUGCCUUCUCUCGCGGUGUUCCGGAGACAUGUCCGUGGCCGUGGUUUGGAAUAACCGCCUAUUUAUUCAGCUCUCUGUGCUGCUCCAGGUCUCUCUGUAUGUCGUGUGUGUCCUCGUGUCCUGGCAUCGAGUGCGUGGGAGUCGUUCUGUCUGUGGAGUGCUCUCCUUUUCUCAGUGUUACCAGCAUCUCUUGUAACUGUUUACUGAAGAGUUGUGUCUAUAUAGAGAGAAAAUAUAUAUACGCGGAGAAAUGUGUGAA